AUGGCCAUCGAACAUUUUCCUAAGUUAUCGCAGAACUUUUCUCAAUUGCUUGAUGACGCAGAAGAUUAUGAUGUUGUUAUUAGAGUUGGAAAAAAUUCAAACGUCAAAGAAUUUCGUGCACACUCGAUAAUCUUGAAAUCUCGAUCAACUUAUUUUAAAAGAGCCCUCUCACAAAAUUGGAUUACAAAGAAAGAUAAUUUGAUAAACUUUAAUAAACCAAAUAUUUCUCCAAUAAUUUUUGGUAUGAUUAUUAGAUACUUGUAUUCUGGUAAAAUUGAUUUGAAUGAAAAAGACGGCUCUGAUAUGCUUGAACUUAUUUUAGCAUCCGAUAAAUUGCUUCUUGAUGAAUUGGUUACUUCCAGAAAGCGUUCUAAUUCAAGAAUUCCAAAGGAUAGUAAAUAUAACUUUAGCCUUAUUUAUCAAGGAAGUAGAGAUGGCUUUGAUACGAAUAUUAUGCGUAGAAAUUGUAAUGGACAAGGAGCAUGCAUUUUGAUCAUUAAAACUAAUGAGAAUGGUACGAUAAUUGGUGGUUAUAAUCCUAUUGGCUGGAAAUAUUAUGAACAUAUUAUGCAUGGUGAUACUUAUUGGUCUAAUACUACAGAAAGUUUUAUUUUUUCAAUGGGUGAUGGAAGCGAUUUAAAUGAUUUUAAGAUCAGUCGAGUUGUAAAUAGUAAUUGUGCAAUAUUUGAAUGUAAUAAUCAAAACAUACUAUUAAAUUUUGGCAAUAGUGAUUUAGUUAUCAAUAACAAUACUGGUACGUGCAAUCGACACUGUUAUGAAAGUAGCAUUUUAGAUGCAAAUAAUUUUACCAUCAAAGAAAUGGAGAUUCAUAAAUUUAUAAGUGGUGAAUAA